AUGGCGUUAAAAGAUUCGAAAUUUUGGAGAUACAUCGAUGUGGUCAUCGUUUUAGCAAUCACUUUUUCGUUUUUAGGUUUAUAUAUUGUGCUAACGGGUUUAUCUGAUAUGAAUUGGGCACUGCUAAAGCAACGAGUUGAAAUCGAUGAUCAGUUGGCAGAGUCGAUUGUAGCGAUUGGAAAAUAUGGGGAAUAUGUGUUGAAACGAAGUGGAUCGGUUUCAAAAUCCGAACGAUUGCUGAUGAUACAAAUGCUUAUCAACUCAUCACUAGCCAUAACGAGCACAAUUUUUUCCUAUUUAAUUGGAAUCAUUAUGAAUCUCUUUCUCGAAAGUGCUUAUUUUGAGAUUUUCGAUGCAGUCCUUGUCUUCAAUCAAUUUCUCUUUUUCAACGUCAUCGUUACCAUUGCCACAAUCAUUUGUUUUCGAAAGCCAAAGGAGCGGAGAAAUUCGAAAAAAAGAGCCUCUGUCGUCUCAGUUCUACCACAAAUGCAU